UAAGGAACAGCACUACCAGCAAUUUGUCGCGUCCACGUCGUGCGGGGUGGUAAUUCUACCAUCGGCUGGCUUGGAGCUGAUGGUAGAAGCUAAAGAUGAAUUGUUACCAUACCCCGAAAAGAACCCUACUUAAAAUUCUCAAAACGAGCAGCUAAAAACAGUCCGUGUCGUAGUCAGUCUGAUGCCAAAUUGAGGGCAGAAUCCACUUCGAAUUUAAACGUGUUUUCUCCUAAAAAUCAGAUAACCAUACAGCCGGUUCCUAGUCCACAUAAAGGCGGCGCCAAUGAUCAGGAAACUAUGUCGGCAGCUGCUCGUAGAAUAUUGGAUACUUUAGAAAGAUAUUGCUCUCCGAUACAAGAUGCUAAGCGUAUUCCUAUGAACGAAUCGUCCUCGAAAUGCGAAGACGAUAGGACGUAUACGCCGAGAGGAAUCAAAAGGAAAUUACCAUCGUUAUCGCAAAUCACCCCUAGUACUACGGAUCUUUUACGUAUCAAGAGACAAGAAAAAAUGCAGGAUUCUAUUCUGAAUGCUCGAGGAGCUCUUUCUAGUGUACCUGAGUCGUCGGCUUCUGUUAUCGCAGAUUCUGAUUCAUCUUCCGAUUCCGCUGAUUUAGAUUAUACCGUAUUCAAUGACAAUACGAAAAGAAAAGAAGACACUCUACGAAGCAUAAAGAAGUUGCCAAAUACGUCGAUAGACCAGCAACAUCAUCGGCGACGACUUCGACGGCUACAAAGUCCGGCUCAAAUGCGUCGUUGAGUUUGGGCAAUCUACCUAAAUACGAAAUAACCGAAACGUUCACGUUUUCGAAACCGUUAACUUUGGAUAAUUUCGAUGAAGCGGCCACCAAAAUGGACGUCGAAAACGAAGACAACGGCGACGCCAAGAAAUCAACCGCAGCUCCCGGAGCUGGCGGUGAAACUACCCAAAAUCUUUCCAGCGGUUUAGGCUCGAGCUCCGCGACCGUUACUAAAUCACCGCUAAGUGCACGAACUAGCACCGGUGGCGAAUUCAAGUCUUUCAUUUCAUCAACUACGUCUCCAUCUCGUAAUUUGGGCGUUGCUAAAGAAGCUUUUGCGCCUUUUGCUGGUAAAUCCGCGAUGACGAAUCAGCAAAUGUCGACUAAAUCGAAUACUAUUAAUAAUACAUCGUCGAGUAAAUUUUUUUCUGGCGGGUUGAACUCACCUGGUGGUAAAAGCAGCGCUGCCAGAUGGACGUGUAAGAAUUGCCUUCUGAAUAACACCAGUGACCGAUGUUCGAGCUGCUCGAGUUCGCGACCGGAGCAGUCCGAGAAGCAGAAUACCAAACCGGAGACGAUUACUACCGUCAGUCAAUCGGAUGAUAAAUCUAUCUUAUUCGGUGUACCGAAUAAGUCUAGUUUCGGCAACAAUAAUAAUAAACUGAUCGCUAAUAACGUAGUAGCUGGAUCCGGAUUUAGUACUUUCAACGAUCUUGAUCGCAAUAAAUCGAGCGCCGGAGGCGAUCACGUUUUCGGUGCGAUCAAAUCUACCCCAGCUACCACUACCAAGAAUACGUCGAGCGUCGAUGGUGCGAAAAAGGCCGAAACGACGUCCGACCAAUCGCAGUCGAACGAUUUAUGGAAGAAUUUGAAAAAACCAUCGGCCGCCGGAGCGGACGAGCAGUGGAAAUGCGGCGUUUGUUGGGUACCGAACAAAAAGACAGACACGAAAUGCGCCUGUUGCGGUGAACCGAACAAAUCAGCGCCUCAGGAUAAGACUGCCGCGAGUGCUCCUAAACCAACGUACUCGUUCGGUAUCCCUGCUGCUGCCGCCAGCGGUGACGAAACCAACAAGGGAGUUGGAUCGUCGAUAAAAUUUGGCUCAGAUACGACGUCUACGAAACCGGCGACCGGAAUUAUGUUCGGAUUCGGUAACACUAACGCCGUCGUCUCGACAACUUCGAAUACCGCUGUUCAGUUUUCAUUUGGGAAUAAUACGACGGCGGCUUCGAGCGCUCAAACCAACCCAACGUCAAGUUCUUCGUUCGGCUUGAAGAGAUCAGCUGAUGGUUCGACGAGCGGUUUCGGAUCAUUAACCGGUUCCUCGGCGAGCGACGCGAACGCGACGAGUAAAGUACCGAAUGAUAAAACGUCGAGUCAAGGUGCCUCCGCCUUGUUCAACGAUGCAGCUGCCGCCAACACGACGAAUAAUAAUAAGAAAAUCUCGAAUCCGUUCGCGGUGAAAUUCGGCGAAGCUGCUGUGACCAGCGAUAAUGGUGGAUCUGGUUCGCCUAAACUUACCUUCACGCAGAAGAAUGCCACGAUUCGAGAAAACGGCGAAGAUUUUCAGUCGCCGAGUACGACGGGCUUGUUCAACGAUAUCACGUCGUCCGGAGGUAAUAUGAGCAGUCCUAUGAAGAAGAAGGCCACUUCAACCGGUGGUUUUCCGUUACCGAGUUCGUUAUUUAGCGGUAAAGAUGGUGCAGGUUCGGCCGCCACGACGUCUUCUCCUAACACGUCGUUCGGAUCAGCCAACGGUGGAUUAUUCAAUAGUAACACUACCAACAACGAGUUCAAGUUACCUUCGGCUGCUGGGUCGUCUUCUGCGUUGACGACGAAUAACAGCUCAGCUGCAUCGAUGGGCUUCACGCCGCAAACCGGCAACUUAUUCGCUUCAGCUGCUGGCUUUGCUUCACCAUCGGCGUCCGUAUCGUCAGGUGCUUCUAAAUCAAACGACACGCCGAAUACAGCGGCGCCCUCAUUCGGAUCUGCAACGACGACCGGUGGCGCUACGAAUUCGCCGAUGAGUUUCGCUUCUUCGUUAAACAGCAAUCCAUUCGGUAGCCUCGUAUCCGGCGGCAUUAGCAGUCAACCUUCCAUGUUCGGAAACGCAGCAGCCGUUACGCUGGGCAAAAAAGAUGAUAAACCCGUUCUCGCAACCACCGCAGACGGUAACAAGAGCUCUGCUGCCGGUGGCGUUGGCGGAUCUCUGUUUCCGUGCGUGAACAACACCAACAACAAUAACAACAAUGCUACCUCCAACACCGUGUUCGGCGCCGCUUCAGCGUUAUCCGCAUCGGCUCCGUCCUCCAACUCGAUGUUCGGUCAUUUCAACAGCAUCGGUAACGCCAACUCGACCGACGCGACAAUCGCCAAAAGCGCCGCUACCUCGGAAUCAGCCGCUGCGACGACCACGCCGUCGUUGAAUUUCAACAACACCGCUCCAUCCGCCAAUACCGCGUUCCGAUUCGGCGCUCUGGGCGGUUCAGCGGCCGCCAACACCAAUACAUCGUCGCAAAACAGCACUCAGCCUGCUAGCGGCGGAUUUGCCUUCAACGGACCGCCCAAAUUGGAGAACUCGAUGAUGCCUCCGCCGGCGAAAUUCGGUCAAGCAGCUUUCGGCGGAGUUACGUCGAACAGUAACGCAACCACAUUCGGCGACGGGCCAGCGUUCAACUUCGGAUCAACAUCGGCUGCAGCGCAGCCCGAAAAUACCAACGCGGUAAGCUUUGCUGCGGUCGUGAAAAGGGAACCGACACAGGAUUCGAUGCUGAAGCCGGCCGCUGCGUCGACCUUUGGAUCUACGGUGUUCGGCGGCGAGGCGGGUAUCAAGAAAUCAGGCGGAUUCAACUUCAGCGCUGGGAAUACGAUGGCGGCGGCGCCCGCGAUGAAUAGUUUUUCCGGUUUUGGGCCAACGGUUAACGAUAAUCAAGACCAGAAUCGUUUGAACAAUUCUAACGCGCCCGCUUCGAGUCCGUUCGUAUUCGGCAUCGGAAAUCUAACCGUACCUCAAUCCUUCAACUUUAAUCCUAACCCCAGCACGAAUUCUAUAACAUCGUUUACCGCUGCUCCUCAACCGGCCAGUGCAAGCUUGCCUAGAAAAAUCAAGAAAGCAGUUCGCCGAACGAAUAAUAAUAAAUAGAAAAAGCGACGCCAAUUGGAAGGCCGUUUACGUUUCAUCCGGAAUAUAGCUGUGCAGAUAUUUGCGCAGCAGGUGUGACCGUAAUUUUUUAUUUGUUUUUAAUUAUCGUGGACAGUAUCUGAGAGACUGGUUGGUUUUUAGUUUUUAUUGAUUCGUCUUUUGUUUGGUGUGCUCGCGAGCCCCUGAAAAUAGAGCUUGAAUUUUUUUGGAAGCUGCUUCGUGUACGGUCAAGAAUUGUGAUGGUGGUCGGAUUACUACGUGUUGACUUUUUUCUUCACACUUUGUAAUGGAAUUAUUUUGAGUUAGCGGUUGAUCGAUCGAUAUAUACGUUAAUAUUAUUUUAAAAUAGCGGUGAAUUUUUUUCUCUUUUAAAUUAACUACUAUGAUGACUAUCGGUGAAGCGGUGUUUUUGUUUUUUUUUUCUUUCAGCAAUCUUGUUUUUUUUUCCUUCUUUGUUCAGUCGCAAACGUAAUUUUCUCGUUUUUGCUCGUGUCUUUGGGUUGGUAAAGUUGUGAAAAAAUUUCGUCGGACGAAAGUUGUCGCCAGCUUUUUUAUGAUCGAUUCGGUAUUUUGCGAAGGAGAUUGCACGCCCACCACCCUUGUACAUAUCUCUUAUCCGUAAUGUUAAAACAUUUUUUACAAAGACUAAUGCAUUUGUAGCCGCCGAAAAAAAGGGUAAUCGUAAAGACAGGAUGAUUAAAUCUUAUCCGAGACUUUUAGUGUAGGCAAUUCUGGCCGAAAUUAAAUUCUUUAUCGAGUAAAACUGUAUCGAAAAUUGUGUUCGAAAUGAUCGUAAUCGUAAUCGAAUUCGAUGUGAAUUUUUUUAACGAAUAAUAAAUUUUGACUAUUCGUUUUUUUUUUAAGAAUUUUGAAUUUGAAAAUUUGUGAUUUUUUGUUUUUAUUUUCGUCGAAAUUUCGAAUCGAAGGAAUGAAACCGAGUUUUCAUUCUUUCCAUUGUCUACACUGAUUUGAAUUUAUUAAACGUUCGUUACUGCAGCUUAUUCGGGUAAUUUUUAACUUGGCGUAAGCGUAUUUAAAACGGGAGAUAAAAUUGUAUUUUUUCAUUUUACGUUCGAUGAUGAGUUGUAAUUUGAGAAUUUAAAAAAAAGUUAAACGAAGACUUACUCUUUAUUUUUUUUGUUUGUUUUACGUUAGCUAAUCUUGUUGUGUUUCGCUUUUGUACGAUAAAUUUACAUUAUUGUAUUUUUACGACGAUUAUUUUUAUUAUUUAUUAUUACGAUUUAUUUUUUUUUUUUGCAAUAUGUUUUUCUUGUAUACGUCGUUAUUGGAGAAAAAUUUGUGUAUAUGAAAUUUUUAAUUAUGUAAGAAACUAUAUAAUUUUGAUUUUAUUAUUUUACUUUUUUUUUUUUUUUUUGCUAUAUAUUGUUGAUGAUAUGAAGGCCUGACCCAUGGAAUUUUAAUUAUGUACCGAUUGUUGUAUUCGAUUAUUUAUAUUUUUUCCGUUGUACUAUUUCGGCCACUCGUUGAGUAAACAAAAUUGUGACGUUGAAAAAAAAACGUGGACGAUGUGUUUCCUUUUUUUUUUGAUUUGUUUAGAAUUUUGUAUAUAUUAUAAAUCGAUGUUCCCACUGUAUUUCUCUGUUUCGUAGUCGUCAACACGCGUUAUCAAAAUACCUUUACGAAAAUUAUUGAUUUUUUUUUGAUUUUGAAACGUGUUAACAGUUAUGUUUUUUAGAAUGUACCUAUUUUAGAGUUGUUUAUUAUUCUUUAUACAUAUAUUAUAUAUAUAUAUACUGUCUUAUAGUACAUUGCGAGAUCCGACAUAUACACAGGCAUUGCGAGAUCCGACCCAAAAAAUUUCGAAAAAUGCUAAAAACUCAAAUAAUAACCCUACAACUUCGUUCGAACGCACGUUCCAGUGUGUAAACAGUGCCUUUCUAUGCAUUGCCGCCAUCAAUUUCGCGAUCCGCAUAAACCGAGAUCCACCAACGGCCUAAACCUGAUUUGGGGGUGGAUCUCGCAAGAUGCGUCGUUUAUCUAUUUUCAAAAAUUGUAUAUAAGUAUAAAAAUAGUUGACAAAACGAGAUCCGGCUGAAAAUGGGUGUACAGGGUCCCCCGGAUCUCGCGAGUACCAUGGCAUAUGAGAGAACUUGCGAGAUCCGGCAAAAGGAUCUCAGGAUCUCGCAAUGCCGGAUUUUAUAUAAAACGGAUCUCGUAAUGUAUGGUUUUUACAUGUAUAUAUAACACACGCAUUAUAUAUAUGAAAUAAUACUUUUUUAAAGUGAUUUUUUUUUUAAUUUUCUUUUUUGUUAUGUAAGAGAAAAAAUGCUGUGAUAUUCGUGUGGGACAGGCCUCCGUGGGAUGCCCAAACCUUCGUUAUUUAAUAAUUAUAUAUUUUAUUGUAUCAUAUUUGUAACAAAAAUAAAUUACGUAUUUUUAAAAAUAUAAUUUUUAGAAUAAA